CAGCAGCGGCAGCAUUGAAGAGGCACGACCAAACUAGUCCCCUGUAUCUUUCAGAUAACAGGAGCGCUGCCGGGACAACACUGCCGUGAUUUGAACUUCGAAUCUGCUGACUUCGGAGCUACGAGCCUGCCUACUCCAGACAAGGCUCGGUCGACCGUGACGUCGCCACUGCUAACAUCAAGCGCUUCCGUCGACCAAGCUGAAGCUACAAAAGGCGCCUCAGCAGAGCCUUUCCUUCACAUUGGCAGCAGCGGCAGCAUUGAAGAGGCACGACCAAACUAGUCCCCUGUAUCUUUCAGAUAACAGGAGCGCUGCCGGGACAACACUGCCGCGAUUUGAACUUCGAAUCUGCUGACUUCGGAGCUACGAGCCUGCCUACUCCAGACAAGGCUCGGUCGACCGUGACGUCGCCACUGCUAACAUCAAGCGCUUCCGUCGACCAAGCUGAAGCUACAAAAGGCGCCUCAGCAGAGCCUUUCCUUCACAUUGGCAGCAGCGGCAGCAUUGAAGAGGCACGACCAAACUAGUCCCCUGUAUCUUUCAGAUAACAGGAGCGCUGCCGGGACAACACUGCCGUGAUUUGAACUUCGAAUCUGCUGACUUCGGAGCUACGAGCCUGCCUACUCCAGACAAGGCUCGGUCGACCGUGACGUCGCCACUGCUAACAUCAAGCGCUUCCGUCGACCAAGCUGAAGCUACAAAAGGCGCCUCAGCAGAGCCUUUCCUUCACAUUGGCAGCAGCGGCAGCAUUGAAGAGGCACGACCAAACUAGUCCCCUGUAUCUUUCAGGUUGGUGUUCUUUUAUUCCCUAGUACCACGUUUUAUGCCGCUGCUGCUGCUGCUGCUGCCAAGGUGUAGCCAUGAGUUCCAAUGGUCAGUGUAAAACUUGUGAAAAACAAUUCGUAUCGUCCGAUGCGAAAAUUGCAUGCAGCGACUGUGAUGGUAACUACCACACGGGAAAAUGUUCUGGAAUUUCUGACAAAACAAUCAAAACGAAGGGCGAAGCGUAUCGUUUAGCUUGGCGCUGCCCAGCCUGUCGUCGUUUAAAAUCCUGUGCACAAGCUCGGGAUCCUACACUGAGUGACGACUUGGAAACGCAUGAUGUGCGACAAAUGCUAAGGGUGAUCAAUGAGAAACUUGACCAGCUCUUACCGCUCAGAGAAGUAGUUGAGGGCAUUGAAGAUUCAAUGCAAUUUUGGAGCGAGCAGUACGAUGAACUGCGGGAACGAACAGAACAAAAUGAAAAGGACAUCAAAGACCUAAAACGCAGAAUGGAAAAGCUUGAGGCGCAGGACGUUGAAGUAAAUCAGAUGCAAUGCGAAAUCGAUAACCUUGAAUGGAGAAGCCGGCGCCUUAACCUCGAGUUUCACGGAAUACAGGUAACCGAAAAGGAAAAUUUGCUGAGCAAACUAAACGUACUUGCCACACAGCUCGAACUGCCGCAGCUUUCUGAUAUGGACGUGGUGUCCAUUCACCGUCUGCCUUCAAGGAAAGAUAAAACGCCGGGCGUAAUCUGCCGCUUUGCAAGACAGGCUGAUAGAGAUAGAUGGUGGGAAAGCAGAAAGAAGUUACGUGAUUUGAAUGACACUCUGUUUCUACUUGAAAACUUGACAAGACGAUCCCGUUCUCUACUUUUCGAAACGAAAGCCUGGGCCAAAAGGAACAAUUAUAAAUACGCGUGGCACAGCAAUGGCCGAGUGCUUGUGCGCAAGUCUGACGGAAGCCGCGCGGUGGUAAUCUCUAAUAUUGCCGACCUAGAUAAGCUUCGAUAAAAAAUGAGCAAUCGACUAUCUAUGGCAAGUACAGCCUGUGAAUCAUACUUACUUCCGAAUUCUUUUGAAAGGCAUCUAGGAAAACCGUUCUUGCGGUCGUUUAAAUGUUUUCACUCGAAUAUACGCUCAAUUAAAAAUAAAGAGUCCGAUCUUUGUCUAUUAUUUGAUAAUUUUGGGUUGCAAUUUGAUGCAAUAUUGCUAACCGAGACAUGGUCAACUGACGAAACAAAUGUAUUUCGUCUCCCAUCGUAUAAUACCUUUUAUUUAAAUCGCCCUAGUAGCCGCGGCGGUGGAGUGUGCAUUUUAGUCAAAAAAGAAUAUAACUGUGAAAUAUUGUCAGACUUUACUGUAAAUACGAGUGAUUGUGAACUUUUGUCAAUUCAAAUACAAAACACGGUAAUUGCCGUUUGUUACCGCCCUCCCAGUGGUACCAUAGAUACAUUCUUAGAUUGCUUAGAAUCAAUUUUUGACUUUAUUACACAAAAUCGUUUCAAUUUCAUCUGCGGCGGGGAUAUGAAUAUUAAUAUGCUAAAAAGUGAUUCAACGAGGUCUAAACUAGAUAUUUUACUAAUGACGCAUAAUUUGCGGAAUUUCAUUAUGCUACCCACAAGAGUGACUGAGCACUCUUCGUCUCUAAUUGAUCUGUUUUUAACAAAUAUAAGCUCGAGCCAAGUAAAAGCAGGGGUGUUUGCCUGUGACCUAAGUGAUCAUCUACCAAUAUUUAUCUGUACGAAGGGGCAUGUAAAAAAUAAAAUAUUGCAGUCGGCAUACCCAGUACAAAAAAUAACAGAAAAAAACCUGACCAUCUUUUGUGAUAAAAUUGCACAAACAGCUUGGGAAAUAGUACUGAACAGUAAUGACGCAAAUGAUGCCUAUGAUGAAUUUCUCAGAAUUUUAAAACCGAUAUAUGCAGAAAGUUUUCCUUAUGUACGUAUUAGGAAAAGCAGAAAGAUUCGUAAGCCAUGGGUUAACUCCGAGCUUCUCGCAAGUAUUGAUGAAAAAAACAAGCUCUACAGUCAAUUUAUUAAAACUAAAGACCAAGAAAUAUUACGUAAGUUUAAAACUUGUCGCAAUCGCCUAGAUAAAGAACUGAAAAAGGCAAGACGCGAUUACUUCGCAAAUCAAUUCAUUUCCGCGGCAGGGUGCUCAGAACUAAUGUGGAAAAGAUUAAAUGCCGUCUUAAAGCACAAUGUUUCCCCCGACAAAGUCAACAAGAUAAUCACAGAUGAUGGUGAGUUAUUUGGAAAAGCACUUGCAGAUGCUUUUAACAAAUAUUUCGUGAAUAUUGUCAAUAAAACCGUAACGAACUGUAACCUCGUGAACAUUCCGCCCAACCCGAAUUCUAUUUUUCUUAACCCUGUAAAUGAACAAGAAGUUAUUACUACAAUUAUAAAUUUAAGCAACAGCAAGGCUAAAGACGCUGAUGGAUUUCAGAUAAAACCAAUUAAGCACGCUGUUGAACUUCUUGCCCCUUACAUAACUCAUAUAUUUAACCUUUGCCUUAGUCAAGCUGUUUUUCCUCGGAGAAUGCAAGUUGCCCAUAUAAAUGUGUUGUAUAAGAAAGGCGAUAAAAAUGACAUGGGAAACUACCGUCCUGUGUCGAUACUUCCAAUUUUUUCAAAAGCGUUAGAAAGAAUAAUUUUAAACCGUUUUAUCGACUUUGAGCAGAAGCAUAACCUUUUAAAUGAAUCUCAAUUUGGUUUCCGUAAAGGACUCGGUACAGAGUCCGCACUGCUCGCGCAGAAAGAACUAAUCUUGACCGCACUCGAGGAAGGAAAAUUGGUUCUUGGGAUCUUUGUAGAUUUAACUAAAGCAUUUGAUCAUGUAAAUCAUACAUUGCUUGUUCAAAAACUUCAACGUUAUGGUUUCAGAGGGAAGGCUGCAUCCUUAAUCACCUCUUAUCUACUUCAUCGUUUACAAACAGUCCGUAUAGACGAUCAUUUCUCCGAUCCACUUCCUGUUUCUUGCGGUGUACCACAGGGGAGUAUUCUGGGUCCUUUUCUUUUUAAUAUGUAUGUAAAUGACAUCGUCUCUGUUGGAUCAGAUGUUAAUAUGAUUAUUUACGCUGAUGAUACCAGCAUAUUUAUAACCGGAAAUGUAUAUAAUGAGAUAGUCGAUAAAGCGAAUUCGACGUUACAAAAACUAGACGAAUGGACGUGCCAAAAUAGCUUAAAGAUAAAUAUAAACAAAACUAAAGCCGUAUUAUUUCGUAGUAAAAAUAAAAGUGUCAUGUUAAAUCGACCAAUAAUGCUACAUUCGACACCCAUUGCAGUUGUUUCUAGUUUUAAAGCACUAGGGGUUGUUUUUCAAGAAACUUUGUCGUGGGAUACACAUAUUGAUUCCGUAGUUGCUAAGCUGUCCCAAAUAGUCGGACUUGUUUAUCGUAAUCGGCACAUUCUGCCACGAAAUAUUAUGAUUUUAAUUUAUAAUAGUUUGUUUUCAUCUAGGCUUAACUACUGCCACUUAGUCUGGGCAUCCACAACUCAAGCAAAUCUACAUAAAACACAUGUCUUACAAAAACGGUUCCUAAGAGUUGUUGAAAAUAUUCCGUCUUACUUUCACACGCAUGAGUUGUUCGUAAAAUAUAAUGUAUUGCCGAUUCAUAAAAUGUACGAUUAUCGGCUCUCUAAAACUUUUAAACAAGAGGUAAAAACUAAAACAUCGUUUUUAAAAGGACUAGCUAACUUACAAAGCAAUACUACCGCCUAUACAACGCGCCAUGGUGAGCCUUGGAAUGUUAGCACUUACAGAACAAUCUACGGGCAAGAUACGUUGAAAAACAAACUGCCAAGGUUACUAAAUAGAUUAGCUGCCGAAAAUGUCGAGCUUUUAGAUAUUACGUUUAAAGCAUUGCGUCGUUAUUUCAGCCCUGAGUCGACUUUCCUUAUGUAAAAAAUGCUGUGUAAUAUUAUUAAACGUGAAACUAGUUGUGCAUGUAAAUAAUAUUUUUUUUUCU